GCGGCGGGAGCGCGCGGGAACCGCGGGCGGGCCGCAGGAAACAUGAAGGUGAUCACCUGUGAGAUAGUGUGGCACAAUAAGGAGCCGGUGUACAGCUUGGAUUUCCAGCACGGAGCGGAGGGGAGGAUCAAUCGCCUGGCCUCGGCCGGGGUGGACACGGCCGUGAGGAUCUGGAAAGUGGAGAAAGGCCCAGAUGGAAAAGCCAUCGUGGAGUUCCUGUCCAACCUGGCGCGCCACACCAAGGCCGUGAACGUCGUGCGCUUCUCUCCCAGCGGGGACAUCCUGGCCUCAGGAGGGGAUGAUGCUGUCAUUUUGCUGUGGAAGCUGAAUGAGAGCAAAGAGUUUGAGCCCUUGGGGUUUCAGGAUGAUGAUGAAGCUCAGCUCAACAAGGAGAACUGGGCAGUCAUUAAAACUUUGAGAGGCCACUUGGAAGAUGUGUAUGAUAUUUGUUGGACCUCUGAUGGAAAUUACAUGGCAUCUGCUUCUGUGGAUAACACAGCAAUCAUGUGGGAUGUCAAUAAAGGACAGAAAGUUUCAAUAUUUAAUGAGCACAAGAGUUAUGUCCAAGGAGUAACCUGGGAUCCUCUAGGCCAGUAUAUUGCAACCCUGAGUUGUGACAGGGUCCUGCGAGUUUACAGCACCCAGACCAAGCGCGUGGCCUUCAACGUCACCAAGAUGCCAUCGGGCUCAGGAGCUGAAGGAGAGGCGAGGAGCUUUCGGAUGUUCCACGACGACAGCAUGAAGUCGUUCUUCCGCCGGCUCAGCUUCACUCCUGAUGGCUCCUACCUGCUCACUCCAGCUGGCUGUGUGGAAUCGGGAGAGAACGUUACAAACACCACCUAUGUUUUCUCCAGAAACAAUCUUAAAAGGCCCGUGGGUCACCUGCCCUGUCCUGGCAAGGGAACUCUGGCUGUUCGCUGCUGCCCUGUGUACUUUGAGCUGAGAGGAGCUUCUGCUAAAGAUGAAAUCAGUCCCAAGUCCCCCCCUGCCCUGUUUAACCUCCCCUACCGAUUGGUGUUUGCUGUUGCUUCUGAAGAUUCUGUGCUUUUCUAUGACACUGAGCAGUCCUUCCCCUUUGGUUAUGUCUCCAACAUCCAUUACCACACCCUGAGUGACAUUUCAUGGUCCAGUGAUGGAUCCUUCCUGGCCAUUUCCUCCACGGAUGGGUACUGCUCCUUUGUCACCUUCGAGGAGGAUGAGCUGGGAGUGCCCCUGAAGGAGAAGCCCCAGCUCCAUGUCAGGACUCCUGCUGCAGCAGCAGACAAGAAAACCAAGAAGAACCAGUCCCACAAAGUGAUUUCUCCAGGCUCCAGGCUGGCAGAGGGGACUCCUCCCAGCAAGGAUCCCCCACUCCAACCCCAAACUCCCAGCAGUGCUGGGAAGGAGCUGCCUUCCACCCCUGUUGGCAUCAAAGCCACCCCAGUGCCAUCCUCAGAGGAGAGGAGAAGCACCCAGAGCAGCAGAAACCCCCAGCCCAGGAGGGUCACCCUCACCACUCUGCAAUCCUGUUUCAAAACACCCAGGAGAAUAAACUUGAUUUCCUUGAAGCCAGACACCCCAACCUCUGCAUAUCCAGAGCCAGCUCCCACCCCUCCUUCCUCAGAACAGGAGCAUGAGAGGCCACUGCCAUCUGAUGAAAGCCUUCAAGCUCCCCCAGCACCAAAACGUGCCAGGAUUGAGGAAUUGUCCCCUCCUGCACCUGCUGGAGACCAAACCAGCCCUGAGCCCAACAAAUAAAGGCUGAGCACACCCCUCAGAGCCUGAAAUCACAGCUGCCAUGUCUGAGUGCAUUUUUUGUUGCUAAAAUUCCAUCCUCAAUUCCCAGCUCCAGUUCCCUGUUUGAUGUAGAACUGUGAAGAAACUGCCAGUAGAAGACCCAGGUUUCAGGAAUGGGGUUCUGCAGCAGGAGUGACUUCAAGAAUAAAGAAAUCAGGGAAAUGUGGGGAUUAAAAAUCCAUCCAGUAAGAUGGGAGUCUCCAUCAGAGUCCUUAAAGUAUUGUGUCUUCCAGGAACUGUCUGGCAAAAAGAAUCAAAUACAUUAAUAAGAUUUGAUGUGGUUCAGGACCUAAAAAAAGAGAAAAUUGUGUGAUUUGGUUUAUUUGUGUAGAAAAAUGCUCCCCAUUAUCUGUGGGGUGGAGCUGAUUCAAAGCAAAGCUCAGGGCUGGGAUGUGGAAGCAGAAAUGGGAAACUUGAACUGCAAGAAACAAGAAAACAAAAAGAAGAAAUCCUCUGAAGAGCUGCUGAAAGUUCUUUUAGUUUAAUUUCUGCCUUAAAAAAGAAAUGUAGGUGUGAGAUUUUCCUGAGGCAGCAGGAUUUGAAUUUUACAUUGAAAUUUCCCCUUUCUUUUUCCCCCAGCUUAACUCGCUCAGCCAAUAAAACACAAUCCAGUGGAUGGGAAACUUCUACACUUACAAUUUCUUUUUAGCAUUUCAUACUUCAUAAAAGCAGAAAUAUAAAUGUUCCAGAAGUGACUCACAAAAAUCUCACAGGGAGGAAAUAUUAACAAACACCUCUGUCAGGUCUUCAGGCAAAUGAACUCUUGCCUCCAGUUAAAUUUCAA